CUUUCAUCCAAUGAACAGCGAGCGCUUUGGUCUCUGAUCUCAUUUCUCCAGUACCGCUCGAUCAAGCUCAAACUCAAAGCGCUGAUGCAAGUUAGUCGAGUCUUUGACGACGACUUUCGUCGAUUUCGUGCGUCCCGCAUGGCCGUCGCCCCUGUGGCGUCCUACCAGGUCCUUACUAAGACCAAAACUAGAACGGAACCCGUGGACGAGAUCCACCUCGAUGUGAUCCAGUGCUGCACUCUGUGCGGGGUCCUUGUGCACCAGAACACGGCCAAGAUACUGUGUCAAAGCUGUCGUCGCCAGCGCCAGAACAGUCUGGAAGACAUCCGGCCUGCGUCUCCGAUGGCUGGCACGUCCAAUACACCCCCUCACAUCAAUAAUGACGGUGGUGUGCUUUCGCGCUCGACGGUGGAUGGCGAGACGGAAGCUAUAGACGACGAUUUCCGGACGAGCUCGAUGUUCCGCGCCAAUGAGGACGCGGAUUCCUUCCGCAACAUGGAGGUACUGACGUGCUUCCGAUCAGAAGUUCGUCGAGGACUGCGACUACUGUCGAAGGCGGCGACUGCCGAGAAGUGGCACAUGUGCUGGGCGAUCCUCUUGUCGAUGUGCCUGAUACCGCUGAUUCUGACGCUCAUGAUGGUGGCUAGCGUGAGUUUCCUCGUGCUAUCCACGUGGGUGGUCAUCGCCACCGCCAUUACGUACCCUCUAGCGUACAUUAACCCUAGACUGUACAACUACGCCAUGAACUCGUGAAGUGAACGGUACUCGGUCAACUGGAGGCCCACAGCUUGGAAAUAUAAAGGCUCGUGGUUCCUCUUGUUAAUAUGGUGGCUUUUUUUGUUUAAAUUCAUGUACUUCUGCUCUCUGUUGCGAUGAUUACAAUGUAGUCUGUUC